AGAGAUCCAGGCUGAGUAUUCCAGGGAAUUACGUCACAACAGGGGCAGGUUUAAGGGAUUAAAACCAUGUCUAAUGCCAGCGCGUAAUCUGAUUUUUAAUUUGGUGACAUCUUGAAGAUAAGAGAGUAGUUGUUGUCAUGGAGCGCACGGUGUCGCGCGGGGAGUCCUGGCCUCGCGCCGCGCGUAAAAGCGAGUGGCUCCGGAGCGCACUGGCCCAUCACCACUGCCCCGACCCCGGCGUGCAGAACGAAAUCGUGGUCCUUGCUACUGGGGUAGACCAGUACCUGCAGGAGGUCUUCCACCACCUGGCCUGCACCAACAGGGACGACGCGGUGACGGCGGAGGAUUUCACGGCACUGUGCGCCGUGCUGGGUCUCACCGGAGCGGGGAAGAGGACGAGGACAGUACCGGAGAACGAGACAGGAGGAGAUGGAGAGAAAGAGCAGGAGGAAGAGGAGGAGGAGGAGGGGGAAGAGUUCAGGGAUGUGUGUUCGCGGCUGCCCACUCAGCUCUCCUUUAAGGACUUCCACUCGCGGCUCUGUGGGGUUUUCCGUGUGCGCAGUGCGCGCAGAGGCACCGAGGACCGAACCCGGCGCUUGCCCGUCACCGAUGACACGGAGUUGGUGCAGACACAGAUCCGAGUCAGGUGGCCGCGCGUGCGGAGGAGAAAGUGCGUCAGUUUUGAUCUGUCCAGAGAGCAGAGUGGACGCGCACACAUCCACGGUGGAACCACUGCGGUGACGGAGCGUGACGCAGGUGAGGUCUCAGCUCUGAGGGAGCUGGUGGAGGACCUUCGCUCAGCGCUGCAGAGCAGCGACGCUCGCUGCUUGGCCCUGGAGGUGGCCCUCAGACGGGAGAGGAGCCGUAGCCUCCCUCCUCCCUCCAGCUUCACCUCUGCCGUUUCAACUCCCGCAUCUUCUAUCACCUUGAUCCAGGGAAAACUGGUCCCAACACAGAGAAUUAGAGGACAGUGCAGCGGUGCUGGAGGAGGAGGAGGAGGAGGAGGAGGCAGCAGGCUGAGGAGGACGCAGAGGACGCUGGACAUCAGGGACCCUCUGCUGAGGGAACUGAGGCUGAUCCGCUCCUCACGUGACGGGCAGCUGGAGGAGGCCAUCAAGUUCAAUGAGUGCCUGGAGAAGGAGCUGCGGUGGGCCUAUCAGGAGGUGCGGAAGCUGCAGGGGGUGGAGUCAGCACUGAGGAAGGAGAACACUCAGAUCAGGAGGCGGGCGGAGGAGGCCAGGGAGGCUCUCAGUCUGGGGCUCCAGAGAGUUCGGCUGAUCCAGGAGCAGGCCCAGACUGUGCCGCAGCUCCAGUCCAGGAUCACACAGCUGGAGACUGAGCUGCACCUGUACAGGUCCUACUGUAGCUGUGCCUUUGACUCCUCCCAUCAACAACUGCAUCCAAUCAGGACAGAAGAAGUUUCUAAUAAAACAGACGCAGGGUGUCUGCAGAGAGCAGUGGAGGGCAGAGCUGCCUCUGAUGAAGAGGACGAGGACAGACAGCCGAGGGAGGAAGGACAGAGCUGCCUGUCAGAGGUGAAGAAGCACAAGAGUCAGCUGCACAGCUGUGGAAAAGGAUGUCGCAGUCACGCGGUCAGUCCUCUGGUCUCUCAGAGUCUCCUCCAGGAUAAAAACCUCAGCUGGACGAGAACAAACCAAGAGCAGCAGGAAGGAAGCAGAGGCUCUGAGAGAGACCAGCAGACGGAGACAGACGAGGACAAUCCGAGGCUGGAGGACAAACCCAAGAUGUUUCUGCUGGAGGAGAAACUCACAGACGCCCUCACUCUGCUGCUGCAGCUACGCAACGAGAACAUGUCCCGCACAGCUCUGGGGAAGAUAGUGAAGGACACUCUGGGCGUGUGCAGUAGAAGCGGAGAUGGUCAGUCGAGGGUGGUCCAGGUAGCCAAAGCUCUGUGCCUGCAGCUGUCGUCCAGUGACCUCCUCGGAGACAGACUGAACAACAGAAGAGCAGCAGCAGAGAAUCUACUGGUUACAUCUUCUCGGCAUCAAAGCACCAGUGCAAACCCUCUGCUCAUCUCCUGUUAACAUGUUACAAUGUUUCUUACUUUUUGCUUUUAUCUGACUAUAUAUAUAUAUUUUUUUUAUCGCAGGUUUAAUGUAUUUAAAGUUCUUUUAAA